UGAAAUUCGUAGUGGGUCUUGGCCAUAAUUACCCCGGAAGAGAAGCGCUUCCUGGAAAUGGUAGUUGGAUUAAAAGAACCAUUCCCAAGAGCCCCCAUGUUCCGAUCAGAGAAGCAAAUUCAUAAACCAGUCGAAAUUGAAGAACAAAAAACAGGUUGUAUUGUAUAGAUUUUUGUUCUAAAUUAUUUUAUUACAUCGUUCCCUCUACUCCAUGUCGAAGAAAUCCAAAAAAAGAGUUAGAAAAUUUUGAAGUUUGACCUGAUGCUGUGAUCCGCGAAAUGCAAUCCAGAUCUCUAAAACCGAUACUUAAUUGAAAUCCGGGAUUGGAUUGAGCCAAAAUGAGGGAGUUCUUGGUGUUUGUGGCGAUUUUUUUGGCGGGGUUUGUUGCUGGCGAUGGGCGGAGUAAUAGCUCCGGCGUGGCGGCGUCGUGGCGGAUUCAUACUCUGUUCUCGGUGGAGUGUCAGGAUUACUUUGAUUGGCAAACUGUUGGGUUGAUGAAUAGCUUCAGGAAGUCGAAGCAACCGGGGCCGAUCACCCGGUUGCUUAGUUGCACAGAUGAGGAGAAGAAGGAUUAUAAGGGGAUGGAUUUGGCUCCAACUUUUGAGGUUCCAUCCAUGAGUAGGCACCCCAAAACAGGGGAUUGGUAUCCUGCAAUAAAUAAGCCUGCAGGGGUUGUCCAUUGGCUUAAACACAGUAAAGAAGCAGAGAAUGUUGAUUGGGUUGUGAUUUUGGAUGCAGACAUGAUCAUAAGAGGCCCCAUAAUACCAUGGCAGCUUGGUGCUGAAAAGGGCAGACCUGUUGCAGCAUAUUAUGGAUACUUGGUUGGAUGUGACAACAUUCUUGCUAAAUUGCACACGAAGCACCCCGAACUCUGUGACAAAGUCGGUGGCUUGUUAGCAAUGCAUAUAGAUGAUCUUCGAGUGUUCGCACCGAUGUGGCUUUCGAAGACGGAGGAAGUACGUGAAGAUAGAGAUCACUGGGCGACCAACAUAACGGGGGAUAUUUAUGGGAAAGGGUGGAUAAGUGAGAUGUACGGUUACUCGUUUGCAGCAGCGGAAGUUGGUCUCCGCCACAAAAUUAAUGAUAAUUUGAUGAUAUACCCGGGUUAUAUUCCUCGUCCCGGUGUUGAGCCUAUACUUCUUCACUAUGGGUUGCCAUUUAGUGUGGGAAAUUGGUCGUUUAAUAAAUUAAAUCACCAUGAAGAUGGUAUCGUCUAUGACUGUAACCGGCUUUUCCCCGAACCUCCUUAUCCUCGAGAGGUACAACAAAUGGAAUCCGAUUCAAAUAAGAAGCGAGGGCUACUUAUAAAUAUAGAGUGUAUGAACGUGUUGAACGAGGGCUUGCUGUUGCAACAUAAACGAAACGGAUGCCCGAAGCCACAAUGGUCAAAAUAUUUAAGCUUUUUAAAGAGUAAAAUUUUUACAGAUCUAACUAAACCGAAGUAUCCAACCCCUGCUACCUUGGUAAUGAGGGAAGAUCAUGUUCAGAAACAACCGGUUAAAAAAGAACAUGUUCCGAAACGACGAGCGAAGAAAGAACAUGUUCCAAAACCACCGGUGAAGGAAGAUCUUGUUCAGAAACAACCCGAGCUCGAUGAACUGCAGGAACCAUAUCCAAAGAUCCACACCCUUUUCUCGACCGAGUGCUCUACUUAUUUCGAUUGGCAAACUGUAGGCCUUAUGCAUAGUUUCCGCAUGAGUGGCCAACCUGGAAACAUUACUCGACUUCUCAGCUGUACCAACGAGGACUUGAAGGAAUACAAAGGUCACAAUCUGGCUCCGACCCAUUACGUUCCUUCCAUGAGCCGACAUCCAUUAACAGGCGACUGGUAUCCGGCGAUAAACAAGCCAGCUGCAGUGCUUCAUUGGCUCAAUCAUGUCGACACCGAUGCCGAAUUCAUAGUAAUUCUUGAUGCUGAUAUGAUUAUGAGAGGAUCUAUUACGCCGUGGGAGUUCAAAGCAGCUCGGGGACGUCCUGUUUCGACUCCCUACGAUUACCUCAUUGGCUGUGACAAUGUGCUUGCCAAACUCCAUACAAGCCAUCCUGAAGCUUGUGACAAGGUUGGUGGUGUUAUUAUCAUGCACAUUGAUGAUCUCAGGAAAUUUGCCUUGCUAUGGCUGCAUAAAACCGAGGAGGUCCGAGCGGACCGAGCUCAUUAUGCAACAAAUAUCACGGGAGAUAUAUACCAAUCUGGCUGGAUCAGUGAAAUGUAUGGCUACUCGUUCGGUGCUGCCGAGUUGCAAUUACAUCAUAUUCGGAGCUCGGAAAUACUGUUAUACCCGGGAUACGCUCCUGAUCCCGGAGUUCAUUACAGAGUUUUUCACUAUGGACUUGAAUUUAAAGUUGGGAAUUGGAGCUUUGACAAAGCAAAUUGGAGGGAAACUGAUAUGAUCAACAAAUGUUGGGCCAAAUUUCCAUCCCCACCAGAUCCUUCCACACUUGAUCAAACUGACAAGGAUUCAUUUGCAAGGGACUUGCUCAGCAUAGAGUGUAUAAGAACACUCAAUGAAGCUCUCAAUCUGCAUCACAUGAAGAUGAACUGCCCGGAUCCUAGCUCGUCGACCAACUUGAACUCGGGAGAUGAAAGCGGAGCUGUGGUUUCGAGGAAACUCGGAAAGCUUGACGAUAUCGGAAAAGGCGACACUUUGUCAACAGAGAAUUCUCGGGAAUCGUCGGAGGAGGCGAAAGAGGACGGGAUGUUUAGUUCUCUGAGGAUGUGGAUUAUUGCUCUGUGGGCGAUAUCUGGUUUCAUGUUCAUGGUAAUGAUCGUGUCGAGGUUUUCAGGUCGGAAAGGGAAGGGGGUGAAGGAAAAACAUCAUAAGAACAAGAGGAGAACUGCUUCCUAUAUGAGUUUCGUGGAUCGGAACAGGCAGCAGAAGUAUGCUCGAGAUCUCGAUGCCUCCUUGUAACAUUUUCUUACAAAGUGAAUUCAGAAGUUCGUUGUAAACAUAAACCACAGUGGCAGUAGAACACAACUCCUCUCGAGCUGGACGUCGCGGGUUCUUGAUUUCGGAUGUUCGUGUCCAGUUAAGUUCCAUUGAUUUUUCAAGAGUUGAACG